AUGAAUUGGAGAGAAGAUUUGAAAAAAUUGAUUGAUAAAUCAGUUUCAGAAUUGUUGAUAAGUCUUUCUCACAAAACAGAAAGAUAUAAACUAGAAAUUUUGGAAAAAUUUUACAGAGCCCAAGAAGAAAAUGAAGAGAAUUUACACGACGUUUUAAACAAUUCAUUUGAUAAAUGCUCAUAUUUUGAGGUCUCCAGCUUAGAGAAUAUUCCUAAAGAUCAUGUUUUGUUUCCAGAGGUAAUAUUCAAAACGCCAGAUAACUCACGCAACUUGAUUAAAGAAAUAGUUGGUUCUUUUGAAAUAAGAAAUGAGAAAAGUCCAACAUAUCUACUUAAUUCGGUCGAUGUUGGAUUCUCGGUAGCUGCAAUGUCGAUAAGAAACAACUUUCUUUACGUUCUGGCAUGUGAAAGUUCGACUAUAAGAGUGUACGACAGCAAGCAGUUGAGCUUUGUAUACAGUUUUGACGUUGAAAAUUUAUGUAAUCCAUAUGAUGUUGAAAUUAUAGCCGCAAAAUUGUAUAUAACUGAAAGUGAAACCAAUGAAUUGCACGUCGUUGAUUCCGGCAGAGAAACUUCUAAGCAAAUAAAAAUAUAUAAACCAUUCUCAACAUUAUCCGUCACUUCAAUGAACCGUUUACUUGUGACCAGUUUUUCUAAUAAAUUGAUAGAAUUCUGUCCGACGGAUUUCCGUUGGAAGAGAAUCUUUUUUCCGCGCGAAUGCAAUCAUAUUUAUAAAGUAACUCAAAUAAGUAAAGAUUGUUACGUUGGAAUUGAAGAAGGAUGCAAAAACAGAAUUUUUUUAUUUGAUGUCCAAAGAAACAUCGUGACGAGCCUGGACCGUCCGACGCCGAUGGACUCCAAAAUGAACGGCCUCUGUUACAUGGUGAUGGACAACAAUCAAGUCCUAUACAUUUGCGACCACGAAAAUCAAAGAAUAGUUAUCUUCGAUGUUAGAUUAGGUUUCAAGGGUUUUAUAGAUUUGGAAUACAAGCCGUUUAGACUUUGCGUCGAUAUAAUUUCGAGACGUCUGUUCGUGUCAUACAUUGGGAGUAGUGAAAUUAGCGUGUUCAAGCUCAUUUAA